GUUUACUUUCCGGUUCCGUUCUUAAACCUUCCGACGAAGCUCCGGUAGAGAAAACCUCUCUUCACCUCUCCCAUUCUCGGCAGCCAUGUACGGUGGAGACGAAGUGUCAGCUAUCGUAGUAGACUUAGGUUCUCACACUUGCAAAGCUGGUUACGCCGGAGAAGAUGCCCCUAAAGCUGUUUUCCCUUCCGUUGUUGGAGCGAUAGAUGGAAAUGGAAUGGAUAUUGAUGAUGCUGCAAACACCACGGAGGAUGCAAAGGAGUCUGAUAAAGAAAAAGGCAAAAGGAAGCUUUACACAGGAUCUCAAGCUUUGAACUUUCGCCGCGAUCAAAUGGAGAUAUUGUCACCUACAAAGGAUGGCAUUGUAACUGAUUGGGAUAUGGUGGACAAUGUAUGGGAUCAUGCUUUUAGGAAUUGUCUAAUGAUUGAUCCCACGGAGCACCCAAUGCUACUUGCAGAGCCUCCUCUGAACUCACAGCAGCAGAGAGAAAAGUCUGGUUUCUCUACCUUUUAUCGAUGCUGAGUUCAUCUUGGAUUAGGAACAGAUUAUUCUGGUGGAACAUCAUCAAUGCAGUAAUUGAAAGAACGCCUCGAGAAAGACUUGGUAGAAGUAAGGUAGUAUACUGGCAUCGUUAGGCUCAUUCCAGCAAAUGUGGUUCUCCAAGUCUGAGUAAGUAACACAUUGGAUUGCUCUCUAGAUCUCGACUCACGUAUAAACAGUGUCUUCUCAUCGCUAGGGUUUGAGUCUUUUUGUGUACAUGACAGGUAUGCAGAGCAUGGAGCUUCUUACAUCCAGAGGAAAUGCCCUUAAAAGCUGCUUGAGAUCAAGAUAACGAGAACCUUUGGAGACAGUCAGAGGGUUUAGGGAUUAAGUAAUUAGUAUCUUUUCAUUUAUUUAGGCAAAUAUUAAACACUUUUUUAUUAUUAUUAUGAAGCUUUAGAAAUAGCUUCGUAUAAUAUAAUGUUUCAACGUUAACAUACAACAAAUGUACUAUUUUUCUAAGUGAAAACAAC